UCUAGACACCACCACCUCUCCUUUUCCAGUCUCCACAAUUUCACCGCCGGGAUGUCUCCGGCCGCCGGAGUGAACGUCCCGCUCUUGCCGGAUUCCAAAUCAGCGGCGAAGCCGGCUUCUGUCUCCGGCGCCGUGUUCAAUGUCGCCACCAGCAUAAUUGGCGCCGGCAUCAUGUCGAUCCCGGCGAUUAUGAAGGUUCUUGGUGUGAUUCCCGGUUUCGCCAUGAUUCUGAUCGUUGCUCUGCUGGCUGAAGUUUCGGUGGAUUUCCUCAUGCGGUUUACAAAUUCCGGCGAAACGACGACGUACGCCGGCGUCAUGAAGGAGGCUUUGGGUCCACCGGGAGCAUUAGCCGCGCAAGUUUGUGUCAUAAUCACCAACGUUGGGGGUUUAAUUCUCUACCUAAUCAUCAUCGGGGAUGUGUUAUCUGGAAAGCAAAAUGAAGGUGAAGUUCACUUGGGCAUUUUGCAACAAUGGUUUGGAACUCAAUGGUGGAAUUCCCGGGAAUUUGCUUUGCUUUUCACCUUGGUCUUAGUUAUGCUUCCAUUGGUCUUGUACCGACGUGUAGAGUCCUUGAAGUACAGUUCUGCAGUAUCAACUCUUCUUGCAGUGGUAUUUGUUGGCGUAUGUUGUUGGUUGGCUAUUGUUGCUCUGGUGCAAGGAAAAACACAAACUCCAAGAUUGUUUCCUCAGUUAGACCACCAAACCUCCUUCUUUGAUUUGUUCACUGCAGUUCCCGUUGUAGUCACGGCCUUCACAUUUCAUUUUAAUGUGCAUCCGAUUGGGUUUGAGCUUGCCAAGCCAUCUGACAUGACAACAGCUGUUCGAUUAGCAUUAAUGCUUUGUGCUGUUAUCUACUCUACAAUAGGUCUAUUUGGGUACCUGUUGUUUGGAGAUUCAACCCAGUCAGACAUUCUCAUCAAUUUUGAUCAGAAUGCUGAUUCUGCAAUUGGUUCCUUGCUCAACAAUUUAGUACGUGUAAGCUAUGCACUCCACAUCAUGUUGGUAUUCCCUGUCGUGAACUUCUCUUUGAGAGCCAACAUAGAUGAAGUCCUCUUCCCCAAGAAACCCCUGCUAGCCACAGACAACAAAAGAUUUGUGAUCCUCACUCUGGUGCUUCUAGUCUUCUGUUACCUUGCUGCUAUAGCAAUCCCAGAUAUUUGGUACUUCUUUCAGUUUCUGGGAUCAACUUCUGCAGUGUGCCUUGCCUUCAUUUUCCCUGGCACUAUUGUUUUAAGGGAUGCUCAUGGUAUAUCAACAAGAAGGGACAAAAUUAUAGCACUGGUUAUGAUUAUACUAGCUGUAGUGGCAAGUGUGAUAGCCAUUUCCACCAACCUGUACAAUGCUUUUAGUAGCAAGUCAUAAAAGUUGGUACUCUCUUUACUUCCCUUUUAUUGAUAGUUUUAUUAGAGGGGAAGGUAGGGCUGGUGGUGGAGGGACGUAUUUGGUAGAUGUGGCCUUGUGGGUCUUGUGUUGUUUUGGUGUUUUGGAUGCCUUGUUAUUUGUUGUAGAAUUCAUAUAUCUUCAACAGAAUUUCUGUGUAAAAUAUCAAAUAUCAAAGCAAUGAAAUCCAAAUGUUCAGUUG